AUCCAACUCCAUGCUCAACGUAUUUUACUCCAACCUACCCCUCUUUUACGGAUCUUUGCUAUAUAUAUGUAUAUAUGAAACACGUGACCGGCACUCGCAUAAUAUAUGUACUUCCCUUCUUCCUCUCCUGAUUCCAAUCUCCGUUCGCAUGAUAAGGUGUUCGACAUGAACUCUUCCGCCGAGCACCCGCCGCACGUGGCGCUCGUCGCCUUUCCCUUCGGCACCCACGCCGGCCCUCUCCUCGCUCUCGCCCGCGCCCUUGCCGCCGCUGCUCCCGCCACCACCUUCUCCUUCCUCAGCACAGCCCGAUCCCUCGCCUCCCUCCGAGGCGGCGGCGCUGUCCUGGCCGGGAACCUCCGGUUCGUCCCUCUAUCCGACGGGAUUCCGGAGGGAUCGUCCGCGGCGGGCAUCGAGGAGCAGAUCGGAAUGUUCCUGUCGGCGGCACCGGCGAUCGUCCGGAAGGGGAUAGAGGCGGCGUCGGCGGAGGCGGGCGGGGCGGCGGUGAGCUGCGUGGUGAGCGACGCGUUCCUGUGGAUGGCUGGGAAAGCGGCGGAGGAGAUGGGGGUGCCGUGGGUCCCGCUGUGGACGGGCGGGUCCGGAGGGCUGUUGGCCCACCUCCACACCGACUUGCUCCGCCGUAUGAUUGGUGUCGGCGAAGAAGCGAACCCGGGCCGGGCGGACGAGAUUCUCGACUUCAUCCCCGGCCUCUCCGCCCACCGAGUCCGCGACCUCCCCGAAGGCAUCAUCUUCGGCCCUCUCAACUCCAGCAUUUCCCUCCUUCUCCACCUCAUGGCUCAGCAAAUCCCUCGCGCCGCCGCCGCCGUCGUCCUCAACAACUUCCACGGCCUCGACCCGUCCGUCGAUGCCGGCCUCGCCGCCGCUCUCCCCAACCCCCUUCCCCUCGGCCCCAUCCACCUCCUCGCCCCUCCCCUCGCCGAGCCCGACCCCCACCUUUGCCUCCCCUGGCUCGACCGCCACGGCCCCGCCACCGUCGUCUACGUCGGUUUCGGCACCGUCACGACGCCGCCGCCGGCCGAGAUCGCCUGGCUGGCGGAGGGGCUGAAGGCGAGCGGGGCGCCGUUUAUUUGGUCGCUGAAGGAGGCGGCGAGGGAGCUGCUGCCGCCGGGGUUCUUGCUACGGACCCGGGAGAGGGGAUUGGUGGUGAACUGGGCUCCCCAGCGGGGGAUUCUGGGACACGUGGCCGCCGGGGCGUUCGUGACGCACUGCGGGUGGAACUCGGUGCUGGAGGGGAUCACCGCCGGCGUGCCGAUGGUGUGCCGCCCCUUCUUCGGGGACCAGACGUUGAACGCGAGGGCCGUGUCGCACGUUUGGGGAAUCGGGGAGGUCUUCGAAGGAGGGGUGGUCACAAAGGAGGGGACGGUGAGGGCUCUGGAGGUGGUGUUGAGGGGGGAAGAAGGCAAGAGGAUGAGGGAGAGGGCGGCCGAGCUCAAGGCCAUGGCGGUGCAGGCGGUUCGGCCCGGUGGGAGCUCCAGCGAGAAUUUUAAUAAGCUUUUGAAGAUAAUUCAUCGAAAUUAAGUGUCUUUAGUCGGCUAGCGUUUUAAAUGUUCUUCCCUUCCCUUGUUGAAGUUUAGCUUAUCUUGCCAAUAAUUAUGAACACAGUUGGUUAUAUUUAAAUAUCAUGUCUUGUGUGAAAAAAAUAGCUUAUUAUAUAAUCAAUAAAUUAUAUAAUCUUUAGAUA